CGAAUUUUUAGGAUUUUGAGAAAAGAUUUUGUAAUAUACGGCUAACUCAUUCGUUCAUUCAUCGUAUCAACUAAAAAUGAAGAAUAUUUAAACUUAAUUUGCACUAAAAUUUUUCGAGUAGUUCUGUAACUCGAUUAUGAGAAAAGUAAACGUUGCCAUUAUCUUGUGAGAUUCUAUUAUUCAGUGCACGGAUCGCUUCGUGUCGAGGUUCGCUGAAUCAUUAAAGGCCCGAAAUAGCAAAUAUAUACGCGAGUGUUGUAAGAAAUUUUUGUAUAAUCAAUGAUUCAGUAUUGAUUUUUCAUCUUGAACAUCUAAGAAAUGAUAUAGUUAUGUAUUAACGUUUUGUAAGACAAAUAACUUUACUCGUUUUUCACUUGUCUCUCGUUACUCGGCUACGGUGCAUCUAUUCUCGUCCUGUGUUUGUAGUCAGUAUUGAAAAAAACACGAUUAUUAUGAUAAUAAUUUAAGAGUGUAUUUUUAGAUCGUCGGUACUAUAUCUAUUUUUAUCAAUAAAAUGUUUGUUGUUUUUUUUCUUAUGAAAUUUUGGACUUUGAUAAACAGUUGAUUGCAAUAGAAUACAAAACAAAUAUUAUUUGAGCGAAUCGUUCUGAAAAUCAUUAAUGUGUCGGAAAGUUUUUAUUUAAGAUAUUUUUCUCAGGGGUUUUAUAUGGGUUUCAUAUGACUGACGAGGCCGCAUUGACUUGAUAUGACUGGUGCCGGAAUUUUCGGGGCAACGGCCAAGUUAUCCAAGAGCCAUCGUAAGAUAAAACAGACUGUAACAGUGCACAGUAGAUGACUAUAUGUUCGUGUCGUGAAUUUGACCACGUUUCUGCGCCACUAUAACUGUUACAAGUAGUUAUAUUUUUCACUCGUGAAAUUUUUUUUUAUGCUUACAUCAUAUUAAAUAUCAGGGAUCAAUGAAUCAUACUGGUGCCAAUAAGUUUGUACAUUCUAUCAAAGUUCCAAAACUUUUCAAAGAAGCAACGAAAAUUGUUAAAAAAGUUGCUGUUGAUGGUGCUAGUUUCAAAAGUCUUACGGCCAACCCAAGACAUCCAAAUGUCCAAGGGAUCUAUGCAUUGGUUUCGGAGACUUUGCGACAUAGCAAAGAAUUGCAAUAUAUUCUAGACUAUUCUAAAAUUCUUAUUGAAAAUCCAAGAUUUGAUCCUUGGUUAGCAAGAGUAUUGAUUACGGAGUUAUUAUGGGGAAAGAAAGUUUUGAAAUCCGAAGCCAUACCUAUAGUAACUGUAUUGAGCUACAAAGAAAAAUUGCUGAAGGCACUUGAGCAAAUUUCCGAUGCUGUUGCAGAUCCCUCUGACAAAAAAAAAGUUGACUUACCCAGAUAUGUACGUAUUAAUACAUUGUUGAUGAGCAUUGAUGAGGCCUUUGAAGCAUUUUACAACGAUGGUUGGAACCUUUUGCCAAAAUGUGAAGAUUACAAAUCACAUUUGGAAACUUUAUCAAAUAUGGGUCCAGAAGAUUAUAUUCAAGACUUUCACAUACCAGAAGUUUUUGCAUUUCCUCCAGGAACUAAAUUUCAUGAUCACCCAGGAUACUUGAAGGGAAAAUUUUUAUUGCAAGAUAAGGCUAGUUGUUUUCCUGCUUUUUUACUGAACCCGAAACCAAAUUCAUGUAUCUUGGAUAUGUGUUCUGCUCCUGGAAUGAAAACUACUCAUCUGGCGGCCAUUAUUAAUAAUACUGGGAAAAUUUAUGCAGUGGAAUUGCAUGAAGGUAGACAUAAAACACUGUCUGAAUUUGUCAGUCAUACUGGUGCUGAAUGCGUUGAUGUUAUUCAAGCUGAUGCAUUGACAAUUACGCCUGAGCAAUAUCCAAAUGUAGAAUACAUUUUAGUAGAUCCCAGUUGUUCUGGUUCAGGUAUGGCUAGAAUUGAAUUCAUGAACCAAGAUAGAAGAGAUCUAUUCAUUCGUUUGAAAAAACUUCGAAAUCUCCAAGCCAUGAUUCUCACACACGCUCUUUGUGAUUUUCCAAACGUUAAGAAAGUUGUUUAUAGUACUUGUUCUUUAUAUCCUGAAGAAAAUGAAGAGGUUGUAGAUGAAGUAUUCAGAAAAGUUAGUGACAAAUUUAAACUAGUUAACUUAGAAAAAAAAUUGAAUGGUCAGUGGAAUAAUUUCGGGGCUCAGCACAGUAGGUACAGUUGUAGUGAUGGGAAAUCUUUAUAUGCUCUUCCUGAAAAAGAUCUUUGCAAUGGAUUUUUCUUAGCUGUCUUUAAAAGAAAAUCUAGUGCAGAAGUGGAGGAAAAUUUAAUUGAAAAUGAUGAAAUUGAAACAUGUUUGGAUAACCAACAAGAAGAUACAAGUAAAGAUUCAGAAAAAAAGAGAAAAAAUAAGACGAGAUCCAAUCAUCAAGAUUAUUCAGAAAUUAAAACUGAUGAUAAUUUUGAUGAAUCAGUAAUUGAUAAUACUGAAAAAUAUGUCACUGAUGAAGUUCCUAAGAAAAAAAAGAAAAGAAAAAUAGCUGAUCAAAAUAAUAUAGAAAACAAAAUUGAUACUAAUUUUAAUGAUUCUGUAAUUCAUAAUAUCGAAGAAGAUGUUACUGAAGAAGUUCCAAAGAAAAAAAAGAAAAGAAAAAUAGCUGAUCAAGAUAAUAUAGAAAACAAAAUUGAUACUAAUUUCGAUGAAUCAGCUAUUGAUAAUACUGAAAAAGAUGUCACUGAUGAAAGUCCUAAGAAAAAAAAGAAAAAAUCUAGUAAAAAAAUCACAGAUAACACUACCAAUAUAAACGAAAAUUUACCUGAGUUAAAACAAGACAACAUCGUGGAGCAUGAUGAAGUAACUGUGAAAGAUAAGAAGAAAAAGAAAAAGAAGAAAAAUGAUGAAAAAUCAGAAAAUCAUUAACAACGAUUUUCUAAGAAAAACUGAAACUUUUUUAAACAUCUUUUUUAUACAUUUUUCAAGCUAUGCAUUAUGUAUGGAAAUUGAAUACAUGACUUAAAUUACAUUAAAAUCGCUGACACGUUUUUUUAACGUAUACACCCAUACUUUCUCGCAUGUACGGCACACACAUGCAUAUUGUUAUAUGUGAAAUACGCGUAUGCAUACGUGUAUGCAGAAUGUUCUGUAUACUAAUUUGGCCGCGCUUUCUCGAGUUUUUUUUAUAAUAGCUGCGGCUUAUCUUGACUUUUCGUUCGGUACAUACACGGUGACCGCCUACUACCUCGAGAAAACUCGUGAUACCAGUUUUUUUACGCGAUAAUCCGCAUGCAUCGCGCACGAAACUGUUAACUAAAGUUUCAUAUAUUUUUUUAUAUGCAUAGUUUUAGAGGAUCAAUACUUAUGAAGACUUAGAAGUAUUAUUAUUAUGAAAGAUGCAUCUGAUAAAAAAAAUUUAGCACAAACUAUACAUUUUUUUAUGAAAC